ACCAGUUCCAGUGAACACCACAAGAGGUCGACAUUGUGAGCUCCGGGUCCGCUCUCGGAGAAAACAGACUAUCCGUGACAUCCAAGCAACACAGCGGCGGUGGAAGUCUGGCAGAGAUGGCCUCCCUUCUCCAGCCAGAGAGAGUCGUCUAUCUGGCUCGCGGAGAGAAGAAGAUCAGGGCUCCUUUAUCCCAUCUGUAUUUCUGCCGAUACUGCAGUGAGCUAAGAUCCUUAGAAUGUGUGUCUCACGAGGUGGACUCCCAUUAUUGCCCCAGCUGCUUGGAAAACAUGCCCUCUGCAGAGGCUAAACUUAAAAAGAACAGGUGUGCCAACUGUUUUGAUUGCCCAUGUUGCAUGCACACCCUGUCCACUCGAGCUACGAACAUCCCUGCUCCUCUGCCCGAUGAUCCCACUAAGACCGCUAUGAAGAAAGCCUACUACCUGGCCUGUGGCUUUUGCCGCUGGACCUCCAGGGAUGUGGGAAUGGCUGACAAGUCAGUGGCCAGUGGUGGGUGGCAGGAGCCUGAAAACUCUCAUACUCAGCGGAUCAACAAGCUGAUAGAGUAUUACCAGCAUCUGGCUCACAGAGAGAAGCAGGAGCGAGACAGGAAGAAGCUGGCCAGGAGACGACAGUGCAUGCCUUUGGCUUUCUCGCAACACACUAUUCAUGUGGUGGAAAAAUAUGGCCUUGGAACACGACUGCAGCGGCAAAGGUCUGGAGCGCCCAUUUCGACUCUGGCUGGUCUUUCCCUUAAAGAGGGGGAGGACCAGAGGGAGAUCACUAUUGAGCCUGCACAGGCUCUUGAUGAGGUGGAGCCUCUGCCUGAGGAUUGUUACACUCGACCCAUCAGUUUGCCAGAGGUUACCACGCUGCGCCAGCGACUCCUGCAGCCCGACUUCCAGCCUGCCGGAGCCUCCCAGCUGCAUCCGCGACACAAACACCUCCUCAUGAAGCGCUCACUGCGCUGCAGGAAAUGCGAGCACAACCUGAGCAAGCCCGAAUUCAAUCCGACUUCAAUCAAGUUUAAAAUUCAGCUAGUGGCUGUGAGUUACAUCCCUGAAGUGAGAAUUAUGUCCAUUCCAAAUCUGCGCCACAUGAAGGAAAGCCAAGUGCUGCUGACCCUGACCAACCCAGUGGAGAACAUCACCCACGUUACUCUGGCUUCCUGUGAGGAAGACGAUCCCGAUGACAUCAACAGCACUGCAGAGGUCAUUGUGCCCCGUAAGGAGCUGGUGUUGGCAGGGAAGGAUGCUGCUGCUGAGUAUGAUGAAUUGGCUGAACCUCAAGACUUCCACGAUGACCCCGAUGUUGUUGCCUUCAGGAAAUCCAACAAAAUUGGUUUCUUCAUCAAAGUGAUCCCCCGCAAAGAGGAGGAUGCCGAUGUCACCGUUUCGUUUAAGAUCCGGCACGACUUCCGCAACCUCACCGCUCCCGUCCGGGCCAGCGAGGAGGGCGGCGGCGACGCCACCGCCGAGGCUAUUUGGCUCACGCACCACGUCGAGAUGAGACUGGGACCGCUUGUCCCUUAGAAGUUAAAUCACCAUUUCUAUCAACAUUAGCAUACUGUUUAUUUUUUUUUUUAUGCUUUUGUUUCCCUGCUUCCACUAAAUAAGUUGAAAGUGAGCAGCACAUCAUAGUCCCGUAAGAUCCAAGUGUCGGUGUAGGCUAUACCCGCGUCCAUCAGUUGCAAGUUUUAUCUCGUUAACAGCAACUACAGUUUUUUUUUCCAGUUUGCAUAUCAGACGAAAUGCAACAAAACAGCAACUUCACAAGAAACUGGUGAGUGUAACAAAAAAAAAAGCAUAAUAGGAGAUCAUAUCAGAGAACUGCUCACACGCAGCGCCUGUCGCUUCCCUCAGACGGCGGCGGCGUACUAAACCCGCAUGGAUCAUCUAUAAUAAAUAUUACAACUGUCAUUGUGUCCGACGUGCUGCUGUACUCCGCUUUGUUCUCCGCGCAAAAUGGAAAAGUAACUUGACACUACAACAAGCUCUGUACAAGUAGAAUUGCAAGUUUUCCGCUGCGCUGCCUAAUAAAUUGUCAACUUGUGAA